GAAGAAUUCCAGGUAGAAGUGCAGGACUGAAAUUGGAAAUAAAGGAGUUGUCGUGAAUCGGGUGCUGGUAAACUCGGCGGGAAGUAGAACCAUAGUUUGAUUGAGCGCUGCGGAGAUUCUGAUUCGGCUUCUGCUGUGAAAUGGUGUGGCCUGACUCUCUUUGACUUGGGGUUUUACCGAUAUGGCGCGCCGCCAUGGCUGGCAACUCCCCGCUCAUUCCUUACAGGUGGUUGCUAUAACAGUUUACUGUCUACUAUCUGUUGCAUUUUAUGCAUUCUUUGCGGCAUUCCUGGGAAAAGAUAUCUACGAGUAUAUUGCAAUUGGCGUCUAUUCUUUCUUGGCACUCUGUGUACUAGUUCUGUAUGUUAGAUGCACAGCCAUUGAUCCUGCUGAUCCUGGGAUUCUCAUUGAGCAUGAUGAGUUAGCAGAAUUGACUGGCGGUUCAUCUGGUAUUGAUGAUGACCCAAGCAAGGAAGGGUUGAGGAAUGGAGGAAAGUACACUAGAGACAGUUCAGGCGUUUGUGCAAAGCUUGGGGGACUAUUUUGUGGGUGUAUUGUGAAUGAAGAUUGUCGCAAAGAUGAUGAACAUUUGGAGCUACAAAAUGGCGAGGAUGAAGCUUUAUUUUGCACACUUUGCAAUGCUGAGGUUCGCAAAUUCAGCAAACACUGUAGAAGUUGUGACAAAUGUGUUGAUGGAUUUGAUCAUCAUUGUCGUUGGUUGAACAAUUGCGUGGGAAGGAAAAAUUAUGUUUCAUUUAUAAUCCUAAUGGGAACAAGCCUUAUUUGGCUUGUAUUUGAAUGUGGGGUGGGCAUUGCUGUUCUGGUUAGAUGCUUUACUCAUAAAAAGGCUACAGAGAAUCAUAUAAGAGACAGACUUGGAGAUGGAUUCUCCAUACCUCCCUUUGCUACAGUAGUGGGAUUCUGUACGGCAGUUUCAUUUAUUGCAAUUGUGCCGCUAGCUGAACUGCUCUUUUUCCACAUUAUUCUAAUCCGUAAGGGUAUCACCACUUAUGAGUAUGUUGUUGCAAUGCGGGCCCAAAGUGAACCUCCCGGCCCAUCUGUAGAUGGUGGUGAUGAGCAAAGUUUGCCUUCAUCACCAUCAGGUUCUGCAGUGACAGCCAUGAGCGGAAGAAGCUCUGUUGGGCGUGGCUUACCUCAUAAAGGUGCUUGGUGCACCCCUCCGCGAAUUUUCAUGGAUCAUCAGGACGAAAUCAUCCCUCAUCUCGAGCCAGGACGCGUGCCAUCCACGGUGGAUCCCGACACAGUACAUUCCGAAAGGGACAAAAGGAUACCCAACCGUCCGGUGAAAAUCAGUGCGUGGAAACUAGCAAAGUUAGACUCCAACGAAGCAAUCAGAGCGGGUGCAAAAGCCAGAGCCUCGUCCUCCGUCCUACGACCCAUCGGCUCAAGGCACCAUUACCCUUACGAUGCCGACACCAUAUCUAGCGGGAUGAGCGGCAAAAGCAGCCCGGCGAGCAGCCGUGGUGGAUAUUACGAAACUAACCCCAGGGCCGGGACGUCAAGAAUGUCCCCUUCUAAGAGCUCCUACCCGCCGAGCCGCGCCAGCAGGGAAGACAAUGAGUCGUACAGUCACAGUGUCAGCAACCUUAGCAGCCCACUCCCGCCUCAUCUCACCCCGUCGCCUCUCGGCCUGUAUUCCGCCGGCCGGGCCCACUCAGCCCAAGAGAAGAAGAACUCAGCGGCAGUUUCUGAGUCGUCACGGGGGUCGUCGGUCUUCUGGGAUCAAGAGGCGGGGCGCUUUGUGGGACCCGCCGCCGCCACCACUUCCACCUCUCAACAUCCCGGGGCGGAGCUGACCCUCACCGGUCAGUCCAUAUUUUUUGGCGGGCCUUUGUUGGCCCAGGGGACGACGAAUAGACCGCAACGAACGGGAGGGGCAGGCGGUCAGCUGCCCAUCUUUGUUCCUAGAGGCGAUUCGCCGCAGAAUCAGCCUUCGUCUCGGACCCAAUGAGGCUUUGAAAAAUCUUGGUCUGGUUAGCUGUUGUGUUCUCUACCCCAUAAUUUUUUUGGUCUCUUCAAGCAGGAGUUUAGAUUUGCAGUGGUAGUUUUCCAAGAAUGCCCCUACCUAUUGUCUCCCCCUUUUCUUUUUUCCUUUUAGUAGGUAGCAUUCAGAUGAAUGUCCCUAUUAACUCAUUAUUACAGACCCUUCCUCAAUUUGAAUUUCUUCUUCCCAUCCCAUUUUUUGGCCAAAUUUGUGUCUGUUUACCCUAUGA